AUGGCCACCAUCAAGCCCAUCGAGGGCCGCUCAGUGCAUCAAAUCCAGUCAGGGCAGGUCAUCGUCGACCUGAUCUCUGUCUGCAAAGAGCUGGUUGAGAACAGCAUCGACGCAGGCGCCACCUCCAUCGAGGUCCGAUUCAAGAACAAUGGUCUCGAUGCCAUUGAGAUCCAGGACAAUGGUUCCGGCAUCGCUCCGGAAGAUUAUGAGACUAUCGCCCUAAAACACUACACAUCCAAGCUCUCCACCUACGAUGAUCUCUCCUCGCUCCAGACGUUCGGCUUCCGCGGCGAAGCGCUAUCCUCGCUCUGCGCUCUCUCUAAAUUCCACAUUGUAACAGCUCGAGCAUCAGAUGGACCAAAAGGCACAAAGUUGGAGUUCGAGCAGUCAGGCAAGCUCAGGGGCACGUCGGUGGUCGCGGCAAAGCAGGGUACAACAGUUGUGGUGGAGACCUUGUUCCAUAACCUGCCCGUGAGACGGAAAGAGCUGGAGAAGAAUGCCAAGCGGGAGUAUAGCAAGGUGCUAGAGCUGCUUCAGGCGUAUGCUUGCAUUCGCACGGGCGUGAAGUUCAACAUCAGCAACCAGCUGGCGAAAGGGAAGAAGACCGUGGCAUUCUCUACUAAUGCUAAUCCCAGCACGAAGGAGAACCUCGCAAACGUGUUUGGUGCAAAGGCGCUCCUCGCGCUUAUUCCGCUAGACCUACACUUGGAAAUGGAUCCUUCAAAUCGUACGGGUGCGACUCAGAGUGCGCGUAACCAGAGCACCCAAGAAGACGGAUCCCACGCCGUAAAGAUCGUCGGUCAUAUCUCGCGACCUGUAGUAGGCGAGGGUCGUGGGCUACCUGAUCGACAGAUGUUCUUCGUGAACUCGCGCCCUUGUCAUCUACCGCAAGUUAGAAAAGCCUUCAAUGAGGUGUAUAAAUCGUACAAUAUGUCGCAGUCACCGUUCGUCUUCGCCGACAUCCAGCUGGAUACUAAUGCCUACGAUGUGAAUGUCAGCCCAGACAAGAGAACGAUCAUGCUUCAUGACCAAGCCGCGUUAUUGGAGAGCUUGAGGGAUGCCUUGGCUGAGCUUUUUGAAGGCCACGAUCAGAGUGUGCCUCAAGCGCAAUUGUUGGGCAGGCGGACACCGUCCAAUCUUACCUUUAAAACACCAUCGAUGCAAAACCGACCAAGCACAACUUCCGUUCCUGACGGUCCAUUCGAUCUCGACCCUGUCCCGGAACCGCACAAACUGUCCUCCACGUACGUUGAGAGGUCAGGGUUGUCACUAUCGGCAGAGGCGCCGCCUCGCCCCGGCUUCAUAAAAGCAAGUCUCGUUGAAAGAUUCGCCGAGAGAGACUCCGAGGAGAGGGUCAUCGGCCCUCCAGACCGUAGAAAGGGGAGUCUUCCUUUAGAGCAUGCUAGGACCACUGAGGUGACGAUGGAUCACCGGAUGUCACCUCGAAGAAGUAGGUCUCCACCUACGGACAACGCUCCUGUACAGCCUGUCCAGCGUGAGGAAUCCCCUCUAUUCGAACCAGAGAGCGAGACUUUGCCAUCGAUUAGAGAAGCCAGACCACGCUCCAAAGUAGUGGAAGACUUCAAUUCCCGAAUUGCCUCUCAACAUACGAAACCUACGGCAUUAGAGUACACAUUAAGACAUCCAGAACCCGAAGCGGCAGACAGGGAGGAGAACGAAGAAAGCAUACCGGCUAUCAUACAGACUCCACAUCGCCUCACUCAAAGCACCAUUCAGAACGCUUUUGAUCGCAUGCGCCCCAUGCGCACGCCUGUGCAACAAGCUACUAUAACAAUUGGCGACACAACCACAGUGUCUACAGUCGGUAGUGAGUCGCGGGCAUCUAAAAGGGCACGUAUUCAUACCCCCAAAUUCUCUACGACCGGCACUCCCCUUUUGCAAACGCCAAAGCGGCCCGACUUCCUGAAGGGCCUGCGUGGGUUCGCCGCUCCCGGCACGCAGCUGGAAGAAAGCGAUGAGGAGUAUGAAGGUGAUCAAGACAGCAGUCUGCGUAUUGUACCUGGCCGUUCUCCAUCUCCGCACAAAAGAGGACCCCAUCCAGAGUUUGAGCCUCCGUGCACAGAUGAGAUUGACAUAUCAUCAAGUGCUCCACCCCGUACCGUGCCAGAUGAGGAAGAUAGCGAGGAUAACGAAGAUGCUGCAGCCGCCCCUACUGUUGAGGCUGACGACUCCGAUGAAGAGUACAUUGAUGAGUUAGAGAAGAAAGCCCGCGAAGAGGCGAAGAUUGCUCGAAUGAUUGCUGAAGCUGAAGAGGCGGCAGCAAGACCUACGGAGGAGAACUUGAAGCGGGCUACCAAAUUAUUCAAGAUCUCUCAAAAGAAAUAUUCUACCAUCAAUCUGGAACGGGUUAUCAAGACGAAUAUACCCUCUCUUACAAGAUACCUGCGUAACCUCGGUGCUGCUUUGCAGGAAGCGGAUAAGCUUCAGUCCGCAGGCAGCCUACCCACCAACACCCAGCUAAACAACCAAGACCCAGAAGAGCGCCUUUCUUUGACAGUCACAAAGUCUGAUUUCAAUGAUAUGAUCAUAAUAGGACAAUUCAACCUAGGCUUCAUCCUCGCGGUCCGUCCACCAACAGCAACCUCCCCAUCCUCUGACCUUUUCAUAAUCGACCAGCACGCCUCAGAUGAAAAGUACAACUUCGAGCGCUUCUCCGCAACCACAGUCCUUGUCUCCCAGCGCCUCGUUCACCCCCACCCCCUCGAGCUCACUGCCGUAGAACAAGAACUUGUCGUCUCCAACACCCCCUCACUGACCGCCAACGGCUUCGUCGUAGAGCAAGACUCAGAUCCCGGCGACCAAGAUGGUCGGACUCGCUUCAGCCUCACAUCCCUUCCGAUGAGCAAAGAAGUAACCUUCACGCCGCACGACCUCUCCGAGCUCCUCGCCCUCAUCAUGGAUAAUCCCCCUUCCUCCUCGCUGUCCACGUCCCCGCACAUCCCGCGUCCUUCCAAGAUCAGGAAGCUUCUAGCGAGUAGGGCGUGUCGGGGGAGUGUGAUGAUUGGCAAGACCUUGAGGAAGAGUAAGAUGGAGGAUAUUGUGAGGCACAUGGGGAGUAUGGAUAAGCCGUGGAGUUGUCCGCAUGGGAGGCCGACUAUGCGGCAUCUUUAUGGAUUGGAGAAGUGGGAUGGGUGGGCAGAGGGUGACGGGGUGAGUGGGUUGUUUGAGGUGGGGAUGCGGGCGGACUGGGGAAGUUAUUUGAAGAGGAGAAGGGAUGAAGGAUGGGCUGGGUGA